CCCUACUACUUUUAUCUAAACUCCCACUCUACUUUGCUCUCUACAGUUACAGCUUUCGUCACUUGCGUUGCCAAAAAAUUAUUUAUUCGCUGCCAGUUUAAAACAAUACUUUAUUACUUCAACUUUUUUGACACACAAUAUGGAGCUUAUUGACACUUUACCCAUUGGCGACCUCCCCACGCCCGUCCACACCCCCGGGUCAUCCGAACGCUUUGACGGCCGCCCCAUCUCUCCACUCAGCCGCUGCAGCUCUGUGUCGUCUUCGUCGUCCGCGCGCCGUGACAGGUGGAGUCAAGUGUUUGAGCACGCCCUGAAAUCCGUAGUUCACAUCACCUGUGACGUCCACGUCAGCUUCGACACCCACUCCAUGAGCCACUCCACAGCCACAGGCUUUGUUGUCGAUGCCAACCUAGGAAUCAUCCUGUCUAACCGGCACGUCAUGUCCAGCGCUCCAUCAACCCACUACGCGCGCUUCGAAAACACCGAGAGCAUCCGUUUGAUGCCUUGGUACUACGACCCUGUCUUGGACUUUGCCUUUUUCCGUUACAACCCUACGGAGCUCAAGCGGGCCACGCCGCUGCCCAUUAGCCUGGCGCCGGAAAAAGCCGUCGAGGGGAUGGAAAUCAGAGUCAUCAGCUGCGACUCUGGCGAGUCCAUCUCGGUGUCCUCGGGGACCAUUGCUGAUACCAAAAGGCGACAGGCUACCGGCAGCUGCUGCUUUGACUACCAUGUGUUCAACACUUUUCACUGCGUCGCUGCCGCGGGGACAAGAGGUGGGUCCUCGGGCGCCCCUGUGCUGGACAUCGAAGGCGAUGCUGUCGCCUUGAAUGUCGGCGGCAUCCACAAGACCCAACAGUCGCUGUUCCUACCCUUGCACCGGGUUGUAAAAACUCUCAACGAUUUGCGGCUGGGCAACAUGCCGGCACGCGGCACUCUGCAGGCUACCUUCCAAUUUGAGCCCACCGAGGUGCUGGUCAAGGCCGGACUGCCGCUGAUGGACAUUUGCCUCGAGUAUCCGGAGUACAUCGACACCAGGGGCAUGCUCAAAAUUACCAGCAUCGUCCCAGAGUCACCCGUGGAGUCCCUCUUGAUGGUCGAUGACGUUGUGUAUGCUGCUGAUGGAAAGCAGGUGUUUGAUUUUGAGAGCUUGUUUGACGUCCUGGACUGCUUUGUCGGCGAAUCUGUGUCGUUGGCCAUCUGCCGAAACAGCUGCCUGACAACUGUCACUGUGCCUGUCCACGAUCUGUUUGCCAUUACGCCAACCAAGCUUCUGCGUAUUGGCACAGGCUGCUGUGAACGCGGCACCAACAUAGUUCUGUGUGAUGUUUCAUACUUAGCUGCCAGCUCAAUGCAUGUGCCCCUAUCUGGCGUUCUUGUAGCCGAGGCCAACACGCUGUUUACGUCCGCCGGUAUUGCACGCGGCAGCAUUAUCACGCAUCUUAACAACCGGUUUAUCCAAAAUCUCGAUGCAUUUGUCGAGCUGCUUCUGGGUGUCGAGGAUGGUGCUGGAUUUAUGGUGCAGGUGCUUACAACGUCCGGCGGCAGGUUUUCCAGAAUAUGUGUCUUGCCGAGUAUUCCCUCCGCAUACUCCUACGAUAUCAUGCAGCGGCGUGCUAACUCCGGGUACUGGUCCAUGGAAAACAUCCGCCCCACCGCAUUGCCCAAAACACUGCCAACCAAAUUGUCAGCCAUACCGGUGUCGCUGCAGGCCUCGCACUCUCAGUUUCAAAAGGUGCACUCGAGCAUUGUGUAUAUCCAGUUUUACGGGCUGGCCCCGGUCGGCAACACUUUUUCCUGGGCGAGCAAGGGGCAGGGCUACGUGGCGUCCAAGGAACACGGUAUUAUUGUCUGUGACAAAUCCGCCGUUCCCUCGUAUAUGGGCACAGUCACUGUUGCCAUUGCAAACUCCAUUGAAGUCGAGGCCUGCGUCGAGUACAUUGAUCCCAUUGGUUGCUUUGCGUACCUGCGGUACAAUCCAGACGAGAUUGCCGGUAACGCUUUAGAAGAGGCACCGAUUAUUGGUACUGAUGGUGGCGCCACACUGCGAGUCGGCGACAGCGCCGUGUACUUGGUGCCAAACUUUGGAGAUACUCCGAUUCUGUGCAAAACACAAGUUGAAAUGCGCAGCCUCGUCCCACUCGACGACCUGGACCCAAACCACGAGCAAGUACUAAACAUCGAGGCCAUACUGCUGAAGGAUCGCCCGACCCCCAUGUCAAACUCAUUCAUCUGCGACAAUGACGGCUUCCUGCGCGCCAUGUGGGUCAGCCAUACCAAUGCCAGCAUGGACGGCGGCAGCAACGACCGCAUAUGCUUUGGCAUCGACAUCCAGCAGACAUUGUCGGUAAUUGAAAAACUGAAGCAGCAGCGCUCGGUGCACCUUUACUCCCUGAAUGUCGAGUUCUCCAGGCUCAGUCUUUUGAACGCCCGCAUGUACGGUCUGAGUGGCCAGCGUGCGGAUGAGUUUUCACAAGCGGUCCCCUAUGUGCGCUCAAUGUUUGUUGUCCGUAGGGCGCCGACCUCGGGAUCUGAUUCCCAGGACUUGCAUGUGAACGAUAUUGUUCUCAAGGCCAACGGCAAAUGGGUUGACGGCGUAUCCAGUCUUGCUGCAUUUUACGAAGACAGUCCUGUAGAACUUUUGGUGUGCCGCGAGGGUGCUGAGCAUACUCUUAGGCCGAAACUAAUGCAAAUCGGCGAUAAAACUACAAGUCAGGUUGUGUAUUGGGCAGGCAUGUGCAUUAUAGAUUACGACGGUUUUAACUACAAGCAGCGCAAGUGGCCGUCCAGCGGCAUCUAUAUUUCGCGGACUGGCGUCAGCUCGCCAGCCAGCCAUAUUUCUUGGCCGCAGAUGAUCACGCACAUCAACCAGGUUCCGAUUAAAAAUACGAGCGACUUGAUCGCCGCAAUUCAAAAUACGCAGACUGGUUGUCAGCAAUUUGCCGGCAAAUUGCUCAAAGACCAAAUCGGUGUGUCUGAUUAUGUGCCUGGUGUACUGGUUAAAAUCAAGCUGUUGAACAAAAGUGGAGUCGCCUACGAGACUGUCAUAGAGACAGACGAGUUGUACUACCCAGCUUCAAGCAUUGAACACUGCAACAACGGCAUGUCCAAAUGGAUUCGCAAGUUUAUCUAAUACUCUAAUUUGUAUUGUUCUAAUUUCUAUGAAUCUAUAAAAAUUUAAAUUUAA